GUCUCUUUCAAACAACGUUUUGACGGGCUACAUUCCCAGUAGCAUAUUUACGCUUCCUCAGCUCACUUAUUUGUCCCUGUCAAAGAACAAUUUGAAUGGCUCCAUUCCCAACAGCAUCUCCGAGCUUUCCCAGGUCACCUUUCUGUUUCUUUCAGACAACAAUUUGACUGGCUCCAUCCCCAACAGCAUCUCCAUGCUUCCGCAGCCCGUUAAUCUACGUAUUCAUGGGAAUCGCUUGGUUGGAUCUAUUCCAUCCUCUCUCACCCGCUUGGUAAACCUGGUGAACCUGGAUCUCUCAUCCAAUUCCCUGAGUGGCCCCAUGUUCAGCAACUUCGCCUUUCUUGAUGGCCUCACCUAUCUAAACCUCUUUGCUAAUAAUCUCAGCGGGGAGAUACUGGCUGAGAUUGGAGUCCUCACAAAGUUGAAGUACUUCAACAUCUCUCGCACCAACCUCACAUGCCCACCUGACGGCUCUGCCUGUGGCGUAAAACAAUCUCCUACCACAUCCUUUUGCCGCACGUGUACACCCUUCUGCAAUACUUGCACCAACCAAUCCACAGGCGAGUAA